CAUUUCUGAAACAUCUCGAUUUAUCAUCGUGCAUAAAUGGUUGGGUUUACCCCAAACUUUAGUCAUUAUAUCGUGCAUUUGUUAUAAUUUUCGUCUCCGUGUUUGUUAGAUAGUGGAUAAGAUUCCCUUUCUGUUGUAUUGUGUCAAGCGCACAAUUGGCUUAGGUUUCAAACGUAGGUCUGCGACUUACAAAAUAAAGUGCAAACAUAGUAAAUAAAAAAGAGAGAUAACACAACAAUGCUUCGUAUCUUCCGCAAUACGCUUCUGGACAAACGUAUCAUACGCAAGACCUUCUCCUUCUCGGCCGUCGCAGCGAAGCGCUUCGUCAUUAAGGACCAUUAUGAAUUCGACCAGAAGGUCAUCAACAGCGAUAAUCCGGUGAUCGUGAACUUCCAUGCCGAAUGGUGCGAUCCGUGCAAAAUCCUCACACCGAAGAUGACCGAACUACUCGAACCGUCCGAAGAGAUCGACCUAGCGAUCGUGGACGUGGACGAUAAUGCCGAGCUGGUGCAAACGUUCGAGGUGAAAGCGGUGCCUGCAAUACUCGCCUUCCGCAACGGAGUGGUGGUUGACAAGUUUAUUGGUCUAGUCGAUGCGAAUAUGAUCGAAAAUCUCAUCGGCAAACUGAAGAAGAAAAAGGCAGCGUAAUGAUGGCGAGGACCCCAGGUCGCAGCACAACGAAGUGUGUAUAGGGCCGCGUAUGCAACCGAACAUGGAAGAUGAAGCCUGGAGUGUAAAAAACGAUUCAAAGACACUCAGUCAUAUGGUGCGGGAUGCUAGGUAUGAGUUUGCAUAGGCGGUAGUGUUAAUAGAAAUGAUACCGGAUGAAACAAAGUGAGCAUGGCGCAAGUGGUUCAGGUAGCCACAGGGAAAAGCUACUCUCCUCUGCUGUAGGCAUUGUGAUGUACAGUUAUCGAUUUUAUUGUUUUCAGUUAGAGACCAAUCAGGUAAAACGAUUUUAUUUUACAAUUACGAACGAAAUAUACGGAGGAAUAAGUUCUCAAAGAA